CUCGCCGGUCCCGCAGGCAGCUGUCAACGGCAGCUUCCAAACUUUGACUCAACCACGACAACAGCUUCAACACGCCACUACAAGCACGCUUGCUCUCGUCUUGCAACCACCAGACCUCUUUCUCAUCCUGCAGCUCGCGCGCCACAGUAACCAUGGCCAAAGGAAAGGGCGGCGGAGGAGGCGACAACCUGGGCAGCAAAAAGGCCCAAGGCCAGGCGCGCAAAGCCGACGCUGCCAACGCAAAGAAAGCUGCAGUGCAGGCAAAGGAAGAUCAAGCAGAAUCAGCCAACUGGGAGAAGGGCGCAAAGUCAAAUGCUAAGGCCGACGCCGCCGCCGAAAAAGCCGCAGAAGCCGCGCGCAAGAAAGCCGAAAAAGCCGCCCUACUCGCCGAAGAAGAAGCCUCCCUGCCCUCGAAGCCCAAGGGCGCCGGCGCAAAGAAAGCAGAAAAGAAACCUUCAGGCCGGGGCAUCGAUUCCGCACUGGGCUCCUUCGACAAGCCGUCCGCGCUCAACGCAUCGGGCAUCGACAACGCGCUCGAUGCUCUCGACAUCACAUCCGACAACAAAGACAAGCUGGACCGCCACCCGGAGCGCAGAUUCAAGGCGGCGUACGCGGCGUUCGAGGAGCGGCGGCUGGACGAGAUGAAGGACGAGAAGGGCCUCAGACGGCAGCAGAAGAUCGACCAGAUCCGGAAGGAGUUUGAGAAACACCCGGACAAUCCGUUCAACCAGGUCAACGCGUCCUACAACGCUACACGAGAUGACAUGGCGACGAUCAGGGAGAGCGUCAAGGGCGAGAAGGAGAGGAGGUUGGGUGGUAACUAGGAGUUUGUUGAGUCGACCGGAGUCGAGGAUCAGGCCGUGUGUAUCACAGAGACGGAUUCGGAGUCGGAGUAGAGAGUACGCCGGUCUCGUUGGGAUAUGCCAAAUGGUUCAUGCGAAAUGGAUGAUAAAGGGCUGAAGUACGACAGGGUACGCUACAAGUAGUGGUGGCGCUCGCUGCAUUUGCAGUUCACGUAUGUCAGGUACUGGGUUUCUAUAGAAGAGUGCGCUUUUGCAUACAAUUCAUCAUAUUGUUCUC